AUGAUGAGGUUGCACUGGUACUUGGUUGUUGUUGUCUUGCACCUGUGCUUUCUAGUCAACUCGCUGGCCGAAGAUCCGGACAUGCUUCCCCAGCUCUACAACCUCAGUCUGCAAACCGAAGUAGACGACGAGAAUCUAAUUGGAACCAUAUAUGGCGGGGUCACCAUUGAGUUGCGUGUAUUGCGCGAGACUCGCACCAUCACUCUCAGCUCAAAGGGUGUAAGAGUGAGCCCAAAAGUGUUGCUAAUACGCAAAGCUACCGGCGGCCGUGUUACGGUGCGCAAACUUUUUGAGGAAAUCCGUCUACAGCAAUUUGGCAUCAUCUUCAACAGCUUACUCUGGCUGGGCGAGGAGUAUACGCUGACCCUUCAGUUCACUGCCCGGAUGUCCCGCAUCAGUGGAUACUUUUUGGGCGCCUAUAUCGAUGCUAGCCGUCUUCCACAAUGGGUAGCGGCCUCUCAAAUGGCACCCGAUCUGGGCAAUACCGUAUUUCCCUGCUUCGAAGACCCAAACCUUCUCAGCAUCUUUAUCCUCACUUUGGCCCAUCCAAAAAACACCAAGGUUGUGAGCAACAUGCUGCCUAGCCUGACAUCAGACCAUGAUGAAGAUGAUUACAUGUGGACCAGCUUUCUACCGACUCUGCCGAUGUCUGUCCGAAAACUGAUCUUCUCCAUCAAUCAGUUCAUUCAGUUACCGUCCCCGCCUUCGCCGAAAACUCCAAUACUGAUGAGCUGGAUGCGUCCGAAAGUUGCUGAUCAGGGGGAAUACGCCAUUAAAACAGCGCCAAAGAUUAUCGAAUACUUUGUGAAUCUGACAUUAAAGCCGCACCCUUCGAUUAAGGUUGACCAGCUCGUCCUUCCGGAUACCGCUUAUGAGAGCCAUGAGCAUUUGGAAUUGGUGAGUUACCCGGAGCGAUUGUUCCUCUACAGCAAGGGGGUCUCCUCAUUAAGGGCCAAGCAAAAUGUAGCCAGUCGCUUGGCUCAUGAGUUCGCCCACCACUGGUUCUCAGUGCUAGAGAACCCGGCUCUCUUUUGGUUGCACUAUGGUUUCUCUGACUAUCUAGCCUGUUUCGCCAUGGACGAAGUGACGCCCCAAUGGCGGCUCCAGGAACACUCUAUGAUACGACAGUCAUGCGUCGUUUUGGACGAGGAUUCCAGGGCGAGUGUUCAGCCCGUAAGCCUUGCCCAGGGCUCCCAGUCAACUGACAUCCAAGCCCACCGCAAGACAGCCCUGAUAUUUCGCAUGCUGCACUCCCUCAUUGGGACACAGGUGUUUGUCACCGCGAUGCGAUUGUAUUUGCAACUCUCCCCGAAGGGAUCUACGAACCAGACUUUUCUGUGGAAAAUAUUCCAGGAGGAGUCAGACCGCCAGAUGAGCCUACGUCAGGACAUUGAGGUUAGCCAGUUAAUGGACUCAUGGACAAUGCAGCCGGGCUAUCCGCUGGUCACGGUGGAGCGCAACUAUACGACCAACCAAGUAACUGUCACCCAGCAGCGAUAUCUGCGCAAUUCGAUCGGGAAAAAUGGAACGAAGACAGUAAAACGCCGUCAAUGCUGGUGGGUGCCACUGACCUUCACCUCAGCGGGUCGACGUAAUUUUGUUUCGACACUGCCCAGCGAAUGGCUCACCUGCCAGAGCCAGCAGAUCGCUAAUCCACUAGUCCUUGCCGAUGUGGCACCUCCCGGCGAAUGGGUGGUCUUUAAUAUCCGGUUGACGACGCCCUGCCGCAUAAACUACGAUGAUCGCAACUGGCAGUUAAUUGAACAGGCUAUAGCCGGAAAAGCUCUAGAUGAGCGCUUCACCCGGGCCCAGCUGAUUGACGAUGUCCUCAAUCUGGCCGCCACAGGAGAUGUCACUUACGACUUGGCAUUUAGCUAUUUGCGACACAUGAGCAACGAAGACGAUUUCAUCGUUUGGGAAGCGGCAGCCAGAAGUUUGGAGUGGCUAUACCGCACCCUGCACAAAACCGCCAUAUUCUCCCUUGUCAAGACCUUCGUGGGAGAAAUACUGCAGCCCAAAUUCAAUGAGCUAUUCAUUACAAAAAACCCUGAAUCUGCCAACAAAGCAAAUUUAAAGAGGAUUAUCCUGCAUCUGUCCUGCCUAUCUGAUCUGAGUUCCUGUGCAGAUCUGGCUCUAAAGGAGUUCAGUGCCCUGUCCCUAAGUAACAAUCCCAUUCCGGUUGAUCAACGCGAGACCAUCUAUUGUACAGCCAUCCGAUUUGGAACGGAGGCAGAUUGGACGCUGCUAAGAAAACUGUACAAACGCUCGAAUGUGGUCGAGGAGCGAAGGAUAAUUCUUAGUGCUCUGUCGUGUAGCCGUGAAACCUGGGCACUGAGAAAAAUGCUCGCUUUGGCCUUCGGCAGUCGUUACUUGCCCAAGGACGAUAUCCGGCUGAUCUUUACUGCAGUGGCGCAGAAUCCUGUUGGCAAUGAGUUGGCCAAAAGAUACCUAAUGGACAGAAUCAAGAUUAUUAUAAAAUUAUAUGAAAACAGCACCGAUGAGCUGGCACAGUUAUUGAUCGUUUUAAUGGACGAGAUCAUGACGGUGGCACAGCUCGACUUAAUACGAAGAUUUAUAAAGAAAGACCUAAAGAAUCUGCCUGGCAUCGAGCCGGCCUCUCGACGCAUCCUGGAAAUAGGACAGGAUAACAUUAUCUGGCAUAAUAAGCUCUACCCUGCUGUGGUAGCUAGCAUCUGCAACAUUACCGGAUCCAUAGAGCCGCAGUGCAUCCACUAAGAGGGAUUUGAAACCUGAUGAGAAACCUGAAGAUGAUCCUUUUUUUUAUUUAACUAUAAUCUAAACCAAAGUCUACCUAUCUUACCUCCUCAUUUUCAUAUUUCUUUGAUCUAUUGCAAAAAUAAUUAAAUAUUUUUAAAAAUAUUUUGGUUUAGCCAUGUAGUAAAUGAUUUCUUGUUUGUUUAAACCCAAGUUACCUUGGCAAACUAAAAUGUCCAUCAUUUUAUUAAAUGGUCACACUAUAAAAUCAUAAA